AUGACUGUCAAAUCUUAAGGCAGAUGCAAGAAAGGAACACAUUAUCCACCUUUUCCUUUAUGCCUACCUAAGUUGGUUGCUUCCCUCUCAAAUCCUCCUUAUAAGUAUGAGGAAGAAGUUGGAGCAAGAGAUUGAUUGAGUUUCAAGGGCUGAAUUCAGGUCUUCUGAAAAAUCUUCCAAUGAUACACCCAACUCAGUCCCCAAAAUAAUUUGCUUCGUUUUCUUUAUUUUCCCAGUUUUCAUCACAGCAGUUUCCAUCAUUUGACUGCCUUUAGCUGACCUGUAUAUUACAAGUAAAUAUUUGAUAAUUUCUAUCUCAGAUAAACUUUUCUGAUAAAAGGACCAGAAAUGUGACAUGUUCUCCAAGAAGAUUCUCCAUCAUCUACAGACACAUGAAGAAGGGCAUGAAAUUGGCUUUAAAUUCAGAACUCAGCAUAUUUAUUUUACUAAGUGUGUACUAACAUAGUGGGAGAAAGUAUGGACUGCUAAACAGAGCACUCACUGAUAGUUCUGUGCUCUCCCCUUUCCAAAAAUGCAUCCUUGUUCCCAACUAAUUUUAUCUAAAAUUACAAACUACCAUUGCAAACAAGGUCACGUUUUGUCAUCAGUUCCUACUUAUGGUAACUGAGAGAUUCUCCUGCAUUGUGAACAAUCCACUAGUUCAAUUCUGCACUUAGUGCAACUGCCCUUGUUUAUAACUCUAAUAUUCCAGAAUUAAUACAGCCAUGUUUUCUUCAUCUUUCUAUUGUGCAAUUCCAUAGGCAGGAUUGUUUGCACUGUAUUGAAAUAGUUAACUCUCAGCAAGAGUAAUUCUUCAGCAAAUAGCUGAAGAUCUUGAAUAUCUGCAGAAUGUUGAUUACUUCCACCAGCUCCAAGCUAGUAUGCUGCUUCUAAAAAAAACUUUGUGUCAUUAUCUCCAGUAUCAGAGACCAGGAGGAAUUCUUACAUAAAUCACUUAGGAAAGAAACUGUUUAUUUGAGCUUGUGCCUAGUGGACUUGAUUGGUGUCUCAUGCAAUCUUGAGCUGGAUGCUGACCUAGAAGCUGAGACCAAAACCCCUUAAGAUGGAAGUGUCAUGCAUGAGAGUUUCUUGGGGUGUCAAUUCUAGAUGAUGUGGCUCUCCUCCCAUGAUCAGCCAUUGUGAUUGGUGGACUGAUAGUCUCAAAAUUGAGUUACUCUAGAGUAUAUAAUGUCAACCUGCUCUUUGGAAUGAUUCCUAAGAUAAACUGGGGUGAGACUGACCAUAUUACUGACUCAGAAGCCUUAAUCUACAAUGGAUUUGCCCAGCAAUUUGAACUAACUACCAUUCUAUCAGGAUCAAGAAACUUAUAUUCAUAGAAAAAAAAAAAAUCUCCUGUGAGACGCUUUCAUUGAGAAGAAUCUCUUCAAACAUGCUGGCAUGUAGACCUGACUGCUUGAAGAAUUAUUUCAAACGAUACGAAGAUUGAAGCAUGUCCUUGAAAGUUCUUGAAAGGAGCCAUACAAUGAUCUAAGAUGGAAAAUGGAACUCAUUCAGCAGUAACUGAAUUUAUCCUCCAGGGAUUAACAUCAACCUGGCAGAUACAGCUAUUCUUUGGUGUUGUGCUGCUGCUCUUCUAUAUCAUACUCCUCCCUGUGAAUAUUCUUAUAAUUGUGACAAUUUUAAAGAAUCCAUCUUUGAAAUCCCCCAUGUUUUUCUUUUUGGCUAACCUGGCCUUUCUGGACAUCAUCUAUAGCUUUGUCACCCAUCCAAAGCUUUUUCUCAACAUCAUUUUUGAUUGCAGAACAAUCUCUUACUUAGGCUGUAUCGGUCAGAUAUUUUUCAUUCAUUUUCUGGGAGGAGCUGAGAUGUUUCUCCUCAUUGCCAUGGCAGUUGACCGGUAUGUAGCCAUCUGCCAUCCAUUGCACUAUGCCACAGUGGUAACCAGAGUCACCUGCUGGGCUAUGGUAGUAGCUUCAUGGCUUGGAGGUUUCAUACAUUCCAUCAUCCAGGUCAUUCUCAUAAUUCAACUUCCAUUCUGUGGCCCCAAUGAGUUGAAUAACGUCUUUUGUGAUGUCAUCCAGAUCAUCCGGUUGGCUUGCACCAAUACCUACACUCUAGAAUUCCUCAUGUUUGCUAGCAGUGGCCUAAUGAGUGUUGCAUGCUGCCUCUUCCUCCUCAUGUCCUAUGGGGCCCUGUUGUUGAAAGUAAGAAUGGACUCCGGUCCAAGGAAAAGCAAAGUCUUUUCUACCUGCCUCACUCACAUCAUCGUCAUCAUCAUUAUGUUCGGUCCAGCCAUGUAUAUCUACUGCCACCCUUUCCAAGAAUACUCUUUCGACAAAGUGGUAGCCUUUUUUCACACUGUGGUCUUCCCUUUGAUGAACCCUGUUAUCUACACCUUGAAGAACAAGGAGAUCCAAGCUGCCAUGUGGAGACUGAUCAACAAUAUUAGUUUUAUUUAUUAAAUGAAUGCAUUUAAUGCAUUUCAUGUAUUUCAUUAAUACAUUAAUACAUUUCGAGGUCUUUCAAAGGGAAAUAUUAUUCAGUGUUGUAUUUUUUGGUUAUUAAUUAUGGUUUUGGAUUUUGCCCUUGAACAGCAGAAUCUGUUUGGUUGUUUUAAAAAAGUCCAUCAACAAUUCUACCAAUCAGAACAGAGGAAACCUGCUUCGGGUCUAUUUAUUUAGCCAGACUUGGACAAACCAAAUCUCACAAAACUUUUUGGUUCUAGAAGUUCCUCUUUGGGAAAAAAGAAAUGGCUGUAAAUUAGUCCUGAUGAUGUUGCCUAGUUGGAUAAUGAAAUGUCUGCAAGAAAACAUCCAAGCUCAGAGAGCACCAAGGACCUUUCAUUUCAAUCCUGAGCUAGAAAUAUUCUCCAUUAUUGAUAAUGAUGCCAAUAAGAAUUCCUCAGUGGUUCAGCAGGACAAGAGAACAUAAAAGAAAUACACACAGGUAGUCCUCAUUUAAUAAGUGUAUUCUGUUCCAAACUGAACAGGUUGCUUUGUGUACAGUCCUAACAGAUAGAUA